ACAAUCAUACCAGCACAGGCAACGCCGAGCGCCCGAUGCACGAGCAGGGGAUGCACACGAUGUUGUCGAGGAGGGCUUCAAAGUGAAGCGUUGCGCAUGCGCGACGCCGGCCGCAACGCCGACGCCGCGCGUGCGCAACGCUUGCGCGAGCGCGUUGCGCAUGCGCGCCGCCGGCAGGCUCUCGGGGCGGCCGGCCGCAACGCGGAAGCGUUGCGCAUGCGCGACGCGCGACUGCAGAGUCGGCCCAGCGCGCGGAUCCCCCAACGGCAGAGCCUUGCCAUGGCACACCGAGCGCGGGCUGCCUCUCUGUCGCCCCCGCGUGGCGCACACGGGGCCCGAUUUGGUUCCAGAGGCGGUUUUACUCAUUUUCCUUGCCACCAGAACGCUACAGCCUAGCUGCUCAAGUCCGCCUCGCGCACAGGCAGACGGAAGGACGAGGCAAACGCCGAGGCUGGGGACGGCGGAAGCGACACGAUGCGGGAGGAGGAGGGAGGGAGGGAGGAAGGAGCAGCAGCAGGACGGGAAAAAGACCCGGGCAGGAAGGCUGGGACCACAGGGGAGGAGGGCGGCGGCGCGGCCCCGCGGCCGCGGGGAGCCCCGCCGGCCCUCCCGAGGCCUCUCACUCGGCCGCGGCCGCCGCCUACCCUUCGUUGCCGCGGACACGACCUGCGCGACCUCCUGCAGAGGAUCGGGUCCU